AACCCCAAAACCAUUAAACUCCUUCCCAAUGCUCAUUUGGCAAGAGAAAGGAAAAAAAAAAGAAGGAACAGAGCAGCGGAAGCAGCAAGAAAUGGCCUCCACUGCCGCGGCCACCUCCCCGUUUUUGGGCGCCCGGGUGCCCGACUCCCACCCGGUCAAGACCGGGGGCCGGUUCCAGGCCCGGUUCGGGUUCGGUGGCAGGAAGAAGACCGCGGCCAAGAAGACCGCCAAGUCCCCCGUCCCGGACCGGCCUCUCUGGUUCCCGGGCGCCACGGCCCCGGAGUGGCUGGACGGUUCGCUGGUGGGGGACUACGGGUUCGACCCGCUCGGGCUGGGCAAGCCGGCCGAGUACCUCCAAUUCGAUCUCGAUUCUUUGGACCAGAACCUGGCCAAGAACCUGGCCGGGGACGUGAUCGGGACCAGAUUCGAAAACGCGGACGUGAAGUCCACCCCGCUGCAGCCCUACACGGAGGUGUUCGGGCUCCAACGGUUCCGCGAGUGCGAGCUCAUCCAUGGGCGGUGGGCAAUGCUGGCCACGCUUGGUGCGCUCGCGGUCGAGGGGCUCACUGGCGUCCCAUGGCAGGAUGCUGGAAAGGUAGAGCUAGAGAAUGGGCCCUCUUAUCUCGGCCAGCCACUUCCCUUCUCCCUUACUGCAUUGAUAUGGAUUGAGGUGCUUGUGAUCGGCUACAUCGAGUUCCAGAGGAACGCCGAGCUCGACCCCGAGAAGAGGCUAUACCCAGGUGGCAAGUUCUUCGAUCCCCUUGGCCUUGCGUCUGACCCAGAGAAGAAAGCCACCCUACAGCUCGCGGAGAUCAAGCACGCCCGCCUCGCCAUGGUUGCCUUCUUAGGCUUUGCCGUCCAAGCUGCUGCCACCGGGAAGGGUCCUCUCAACAACUGGGUUACCCAUCUCAGUGAUCCACUCCACACCACCAUCCUUGAUACCUUCUCCUUGUUCUCUUAAAGUUCUAAUGCUCUCCUUCGAUCUCCAUCCACUCGUAUCCCUUCGUGUAAUUUUUGUGAGGUCGUCAAGUUAGUAGCUGCAUGAUCCACGUCACCUUGUAUAUCUUAUCUUUUUAGACCUUCGAAGAAUGCGUCAUUCCACAUGAUGUAAUAUAUAACUUCAUACAGUUAAAUGCAUGUCUAAACGUGCUUAAAGUCUUGUAUGUAAUACGUGCACAAGUAUAUUUAUUUAUUCA